UUAAUAUAAAUAUAUACUGUAAAAAAAACACAAAUUGUCCAAAAGAAGAGGUUUUUCUUGUCGUUUUCUUGAAUUUUGGGGGUUUUGAAUUUCCCAUACAUCAAGAAUUUGGGAUUUUCUCCAUUUUUUGGGGUUUCAGUUGAAGAAUUCGAAGUGGGGUUUUGAGUUCUUGAAGAUAUUUUACUCAUGACAUCAACUUUGAGGAGAAGGCUUCAUCAUGGGGAUGUUGGUGGCAAAAAGAAUGAGCAUUUUGAUUCUUUAGGCUCUGAUGAUGGUUUGAAUGAGCCUUUACUUGGGUACCAGAAAUAUGAUGACAGUGAUCAGGUAUGUACGCUUGAAGAAGUGUUGGAUGAAGGGCGAAGGAGGGAACGUCUGCACUGGACGCUGCUAUUUUCUCAUCUGAUUUCUCAAUGGGCACAAUGGUUAGCAAAUAUUGUCUUUGUGUCUGGGUCACUUCUUGGCCGGAUUUUUCCUUUUGCCUCAACUCAAUCUGGAUCAGCUGGAACUCUUUUACCUCCUUUACUUAGCCCUUUACAGGAAGCAAGGCUCAAACAUCUCAAGCAAAGGCUAGCAAUCCCUUUUGAUGGUUCUUCCUCGGAUCAUCAAGAUGCUCUUAGGCAACUAUGGAGGUUAUCUUAUCCCGAUAGGCCGCUCCCAUCUCUUAAAUCUGAGCUUUGGAAAGAAAUGGGUUGGCAAGGAUCUGACCCUUCAACAGACUUCAGGGGUGGAGGAUUCAUAUCAUUGGAGAACCUUAUCUUCUUUGCCAAGACAUACCCGGAAUCUUUCCGGAACUUGUUGCACAAAAGAAACGGAAACAGAUCUGAGUGGGAGUAUCCAUUUGCUGUAGCUGGCAUCAAUAUAUCGUUUAUGUUGGUCCAAAUGUUUGAUCUUCAAUCAGGGACACCUAGCACCCUUCCAGGUAUCCGUUUUCUAGAACUACUCAGCGAAGAUGACAUGGCGUUUGACAACAUCUUUUGUAUUGCCUUUGAAAUGCUCGAUGCACAAUGGCUAGCAAAACGAGCAUCAUAUAUGGAAUUCAAUGUUGGUAACACUAAACUAUACCAGUGGAUUCUUUUCAUAUAUUUACCUCUACCAACACAUAUUCUCCUUUCACUUCCCUUUUCGCAGGAGGUUUUGAAGGCCACGAGAGUGCAGCUAGAACGCGAGCUCGCUCUUGAAGAUACUUCCAGUGUAAAAGAUUUACCUGCCUACAAUCUGUUGAGGAGAUAAUUUAGCCUUUGUAAGCUCCAACAUGUUAGUUUUUUUCUUCCUUCUAAUAUUUUACACCUUUGUAACCCUCACUGUAUCUGUAUAUGAUGUAAACCAUCAUGUUAAGGCCUGUUUCGCCAUAGAUUUUUCAAAUAAUAUUUGGGGAAAAAUUUAGCAAAUAGUGUUUGUUCAUAUAA